GUUCACUACUGAUUCUUGGCCACGGCUACUGGUAGGAAACCGGCUCGCCCGGCUGCCGGAGAUAUCGCCAUUAGAUGUUUACCAGAUCUGAGAGCUGCUGCGGGUUGGCUUUUCUGUUCGUGACGUCUGUUUUUCCAAGCCUCUCUAAAAUGUCUCAUCAAACUAGAGGUCUAAUACAGGAAGUGGAUAAAAGAAACAAGAUGAUUGGUUUGAACUAGCAGUUGCCCACACAGUGUCGUAUUCCAGGUGCGCAGGACAAAAGGUACCUGGUAGACCAGCUAUUUGUCAGACUAUUUGCAGGAUGUCCCGAAAAGAAACCGUGAGGUUUAGAAAUGUAGUCAACUGCGUUGCGAAACCGGGAAUUCUGCCGUUUUACAAUCUCUGUCAACGGGAGGAGAUUUACCAUCGACUAAUCCAUUGGACAGAUUGCACGUCUAUUGUUUAGCAACGAAUGGAUUUCCUGUGAUGUUUUGGUCAACAUAGUUCAAAGAUACAUUUGUGAUAGCAUACAAUUAGAAGCAUUUGUUUCAGCUCGAGUCCCCGCUGCGGCCAACGGCUCAAGAAUAACAACUGACGAGAUUAAUCUCCAACUAUUCGCCAUGUAUUUGCAAAUGUGUUAUUCGUAGGCUACGCGGACCGUUGGUUUGUCAACGUUCUUCUGUCAGCCUGCAUGCUCUUCACCAGUUAGUCAGUCUGCCCGCGUCGGAGAGGAGAGUGGUUAUGCGUGUUGAUGUGGAGUACAGUCCGGUCGGCGAGGGGUUGGGAAUGAGCGAGUUCUGGCUCUAUGUGUGGAUGCGGAGGGUCGCGGUGAUCGCUGCCCAUGUCAUAGCGGUGGGUCUCACUGUAUUGAUUUCACUACUGUCCCGCCCAGGAACAAGUCUCUUCUCCUGGCAUCCUGUGUGCAUGUCUGUUGCAUACCUCCUGUGCCUGACUGAGGGCAUCCUUAUCUUCUCGUCAGAGGGAACGGCAUUCUGCUUUAAGUCUCGCAAUGUCAAAGUCCGUCUCCACUGGUUGGCCCAGGCCUUGGUCGUCCUGACCGCAGUUACCGGCGUGGGCUUCAUGAUCGCCAGCAAGAACCUGUCGGAACGUCCCCACCUGACCUCCUGGCACAGCCUGCUGGGGGUGGGCACCCUGGCGGCCACCGUCCUCCAGGCCGUCUGCGGCUUCUGCCUCCUCUUCCCCAAGCUGUUCAAGCUGUCUCCGCCGCGGCUCAAGCUCUACCACGCCACCUGUGGCCUGGUGGUGUACCUGCUGGCGACGGUGACCGUGGUGUCGGCCAUGUUUUCGGACUGGUUUCAGGCCACAGUGAACGGGCCGUUGUGGUACGCCUUCCUGUUGCUGCCCCUGUUCCCAGCCCUGGUGGUCAUGAACCAGAUCACUAACGCCUACUUGCCGCGCAAAAAGAUUACCGCCUGAGACGAGGAUGUUGACUCGCAUGGUCAAAUUCAGCCUAAAGGUACAAAAGGUUUGUGGUUCAUGGCCAAUAUGCAAAAGCUAAGAGCUGUCCUUAGGCGUGACUCAUUGCAGACUGCCUGGAUACAGUGCUAGCCGUGGUAUUUUGCCACAAACUCCAGAGGUGUGUCAGUGCUAUUAAAAACAGAUUACCUACGUAAAUAGAACAGUUAAAAAGGUUUUGUCAAACUGGUGGUAUACAUUCACUUACUAUGGCGUUCAGCCAAUCAGCAUUCAGGAUUCAAACUGUCCGGUUUAUAGUAAAUUAUAUAUAGUGCGUAGCCGAUAGACAGAAAUCAAUUUUUAUAACAGGUUCACUGAGAACACAUUAUUUAAUUGGAAUGAAUAAUAACGACGUGGGGAGCAAUUAGGUUAAAAUGCCUUUUCUCAGGUACAGAGCAAUAAAUGUGUUACCUUGCUGGCUAGGGGAUUUGAUCUAGCUACCUUUCUGUUACUGUUCUGAUGCUUUAUCUGCUAGGCUAUCUGUGUUGGCCCUGAUACAGUAGGUAUCUAAGAUGACACCUGGUAAACACACCAACUACUACAGACACCUAUGUGAAGGUGUGUCCUCUGUGUCCUAAAGGACAUGUAUGCAGCCCACUCCAGGUGGCUACUUAAAACCUGCACUGGGACAGAGAAUGUUGGUAACUACAGGGUUUUAUUUCUAUCUUCUUCUGUUUCUACACAUGGUACUGUGCACAUUUUUCCAGUUAACGUUUAGAGACGAUACAGUAUAUUUUCAUUGCUGAAGGGAAAGCGGAGAACUUACUAUUUUGUUUAUUUGUUUGUUUGUGUGUGUGUGUGUGUGUGUGUAUUUAAAAUGUGUAUUUAUGAUUCUUCUGUGUGUUCCGUUAUAUAACGUUACUUAACAUAAGUCACUAUGACAUGUCUCGAAUGGCAUGUUGGAUUUUGAUUUUUUUACUUGAGAUUUGUGCGUCUGCAUGAGUUGGACCACAAGUCUCCAUGAAGAUAGUAGAACCUGACCAUUCGGUCUCCACAAAUAAAAAUACUCUGGGUUAGGUUAACCUUGGGGUUAGUUUUAGGCAAAUCUUUGGCAAAAAGGUUUGGUUAUUGAGUUUAAGGUUAACGUAUUGGCAAAAUAGGGAAUUUUAUGGACAGAGAAAAAAGUUUGUUAUUUGGAGUGGAAGGUAUUAACUUUCUUAGUUUUAAAUCUUAUUGAAAUAACACUUGAGCUCAAAGGAUGGAUUGGAUGUUCCAGCUUGUUACAUCAUCUCUGUCUCAUUCAGUCGGUAGAAACUUAUAGCAAACUGUCAUUACACAAUGCUCCACUGAACCUUUUUGGUUUAAAGGAAUAAUAACCAAAUACCAGCUUGUUGGAGUAAAGACGUUUGUUCAUAAUUUGUGUUAUAAAACGUCUUAAACCUCUGUAUAUCCAUGCUAUUCUAUUGGUCAAAGCUGGGAAGCAGCAGGUAGUGUCUUUGUUUAAGGACUACAUUGCCUUUCUUAUGCCAUGUUUUAAAACCCAGUUCCCUUUGAUGAAACCCUACUAAAAAAUGUCCCUGCUUUCAAACAAUCCAACCCUGUCUUCUUGUUUUAAUAAAGUCAGUUGUGUCUUCA